AUGCGUCUGUUUAUCUCAACCUUCAUUGGCAUGCUCUGCUUUGCCUUCAGCUAUGCUGCACUAACUACUUAUGGCAAAACAAAUCCUGGAAUCGGAGCAAAUAUUGGUGCUGGAAUCGGCGCAAGCGAUGGAGGAUAUGGUGGUCAAGGUGCUGGACUAGGUGCUGGAAUCGGACUUGGUCUUGGUGGAGUCGGUGCAAAUAUUGGUGCUGGAGUCGGAGGCGGUGAGGGUAGAGGAUAUGGCAACCAAGGUGCUGGAUUAGGUGCAGGUGUUGGUCUUAACGUUGGUGGACUUGGCGCAAAUAUUGGUGCUGGUGUCGGAGGCCAAGGAGCUGCAGGCUAUGGCAACCCAGGCUACGGUAAUCAAGGUGCUGGACUAGGCGCUGGUAUCGGUGCUGGAUUUGGAGGUCUUGGACUUGGAUUGAAUGCUGGAGUUGGUGCCUAUGGCCGCUAA